AUGAACGAGAUUGACGAUAAAUUUUAUUACGUGUAUAGUUCGUCGUUAGAUCACAAGGUGCAGAUAAAGAUUGGCACCUUAGAAGGUAAAAGAGCCAAGCCAGAAUAUGACCAGCUCCUCACGGACCCUAUGCUCAAGUUCUCGGGCCUCUGUCAGGAAGGGUGCUCGGACUUAUAUGUGACAUGUCAGAUACUGAGUGACAAUCAGCCCCUGGCUCUACCAGUCACCACUUCUUAUAAGUCCUUCUCUAAUAGGUGGAAUUGGAAUGAAUGGGUGACUCUGCCAGUAUUCUUCAGUGAUCUACCUCGAAACGCUACGCUAGCCAUGACGAUAUACGACUGCGCUGGGCCAGGGAAGGUGAUGGUGGUCGGUGGAACCACAAUAUCGCUGUUUGGGAAGCAUGGAAUGUUAAGACAGGGUAUGUUUGACCUUCGCGUGUGGCCUGGCGUGGAGGGCAGUGAGAAGACUCCUGGCAAAGCCCCCGACCGGGGCAAGGAACAGAUGCAGCGGUUGGCGAAACUCGCGAAAAAGCAUCGGAAUGGACAAAUUCCAAAGGUGGAUUGGCUGGACAGAUUAACGUUUCGAGAGAUUGAAAUGAUCAAUGAGAAGGAAAAAAGGAGUUCAGACUACAUGUACCUCAUGAUUGAGUUUCCUACGGUGCAAAUUGAGGGGAUCAAUCAUGCAAUUGUGUACUACGAGCAAGAUGGUGAUGAGAUGUAUCAGUUCAGGGCGCAGGCAGAUAUCGUUACCGUACCAGAUUACGAAAUCCUUCAGGAGAAUCUGGUAGAGGCUAAACAACAUCGCCUGGCCCGCUCGCUGCGGCCGGGCGCGGCGCGGCGCGACCACAAGCCGUCGGCCGCCGAGCGCGACCAGCUCGCCGCGCUCGUCGCCGCCCCGCCCGCGCGCACGCUCUCCGCCACCGACCAGGACCUGCUCUGGAAGUUCCGAUUUUACUUAUCUUCGCAUCGUAGAGCACUAACGAAGUUUCUGGAAUGCGUCAACUGGAACCGACCCGGGGAAGUCCGUCAGGCGCUGUCUAUGAUGAAGCAAUGGGCGCCGAUGGACGUUGAAGAUGCGCUUGAGUUAUUGACACCCAAGUUUACGCAUCCCGCUGUUAGAAAGUACGCAAUCUCCCGUCUGAAGCAGGCACCUGACGAUGAUUUACUGUUGUACCUCUUGCAAUUAGUACAAGCACUCAAGUAUGAAGACUUUAUGGAAAUACAUGACGAGUACGCCCGAGUAUGUGGCAAGGAGUCUGUGGAGUUGGAGCGUGAAGGCAGGGAGGGGAGGGAGAGACUCAUGCACAGCGCGCAUAGAGCCAGCCAGGCCAGUCUACUGUCUGCCUCCGUAAUAACAGUGAGUGACAUGACGUCAUCAAUAACAAGUCGUCGCUCGGCGGAGGGCGCCGACGACGCCGCGCCCACACUCGACAACAGUGUCAGCGGGAACAACAACUCCACUGCUGAUAAUAAUAAUGAAUUCAGUGAGCAAUCAGACCCGACAGAGGAGCGUCUCUCCCUAGCAUCGUUCCUGAUCUCCCGAGCGUGCAACAACAGUGUAGUGGCCAACUAUCUAUACUGGUACCUACUCAUUGAGUGCGAGGACCAGGACCAGGCCCGGGACCAGGCCGCACGGUCCAUGUACCUCGCUGUCAUGAGGACGUUCAGCCAUCGGCUGGCUAAAGGCACGGCAGAACAGCAACGAACUCGCUCAUUCCUGGCUCGGCAGCAAGUGUUCAUUGACAAACUAGUUCGCCUCGUCCGCUGCAUCGCCAGGGAGAGUGGCUCCCGGGGGAAGAAAGCUGAGCGACUGCAACAGUUACUGGCUGACCCGGACGCAUUCAAGUACAACUUUACCAACUUCGAACCCAUGCCUUUCCCGCUAGACCCUAAUGUUACUAUUAAAGGAAUUGUAGCCAAAAAAGCGAGUCUAUUCAAAUCAGCUUUAAUGCCAUCAAAACUAACAUUUUUGACAACAGAAGGGAUCGAAUACGAAGCCAUAUUCAAGCAUGGAGACGAUCUAAGACAAGAUCAACUUAUACUACAAAUGAUAACUUUAAUGGACAAAUUGUUAAGACGAGAAAACUUAGAUUUAAAACUGACUCCAUACAAAGUCUUAGCUACUAGUUCAAAACAUGGUUUUCUACAAUUUAUUGAGUCGGUGACUGUGGCUGAAGCGUUGGCUACUGAGGGCAGUAUUCAGAAUUUCUUCAGGAAGCAUAAUCCGUGUGAGGGCGCCCCCUACGGUAUUAAGCCCGAAACUAUGGACACGUAUAUCAGAAGCUGCGCUGGUUACUGCGUUAUUACUUAUUUACUUGGUGUAGGCGACCGUCACUUAGACAAUCUGCUACUGACCCGUAGCGGAGCCCUGUUCCACAUAGACUUCGGUUACAUCCUGGGUCGUGACCCGAAGCCCCUGCCGCCGCCCAUGAAACUCAGCAAGGAGAUGGUGGAAGCCAUGGGGGGUGUCCACUCGGAACACUAUCACGAGUUCAGGAAGCAGUGCUAUACUGCAUUCUUACAUCUGCGCAGACAUGCAAACCUAAUGCUGAACUUGUUCUCACUGAUGGUGGACGCGUCAGUGCCGGAUAUCGCGUUGGAACCUGACAAGGCGGUCAAGAAAGUACAGGAUAAACUAAGGCUGGACCUGGGUGACGAGGAGGCAGUACACUACUUACAAAACCUACUGGACAUGUCCGUGACGGCAGUCAUGGCGGUACUAGUCGAACAGUUCCAUAAAUUCGCACAGUAUUGGAGGAAAUAG